UUUCCGGUUCCGGUUCCGGGCGGCAUUUCGGUUCCGCCAUGCCGGCCGCCCAGCCUGAGGUGUCCGAGCGAGUGGCCGCUUUCCUCGGCCAGUUGGCCCGGGGGGAGCUGCGCCGAUCCGGGGAGGUGGCGGCGGGGACGGCGGGGCUCCUGCGGCAGAUCGUAGCCCACAGCCGGUGGAAUAACGCAGGGGAGUUACUGGAUUUGAUCCGAACAGAAGGCCGGAGAGUAAUGACUGCCCAGCCCUCAGAGACCAGUGUGGGGAACAUUAUCCGACGAGUGAUGAAGAUCAUUCGAGAGGAAUAUGGCCGGCUUCGAGGCUGCAGUGAGGAGACGGACCAGGAUUCACUCCAUAAACUGCUGACUUCGGGCAGUCAGAGUGAAGAUUUCAGUGUGAGUUUCCCACUGCUCAGAACCAACGUCAUUGAAGCAAUUAACGAACUUCUGAUGGAGCUCGAGGGGACUAUGUAUAACAUUGCGAUACAGGCCCUGGAACACAUCCACUCCAAUGAGGUGAUCAUGACACUGGGCCGCUCCCCAACUGUUGAAGCUUUUCUCAAAGACGCAGCUCGAAAACGCAGCUUCCAUGUAAUUGUUGCUGAAUGUGCUCCCUACUGCCAGGGUCACGAGAUGUCUGUCGCUUUGUCUGCAGCCGGGAUUGAAACGACUGUCAUUACUGAUGCUGCCAUCUUCGCUGUAAUGUCCCGUGUAAAUAAGGUGAUCAUUGGCACUAAGACCAUCCUGGCUAAUGGGGGUCUACGAGCAGUGAAUGGAGCUCAUACUCUCGCUCUCGCAGCAAGGCACCACUCCACACCUGUUAUAGUCUGUGCUGCUAUGUUUAAACUGUGCCCACAGUUUCCCAAUGAGGAGAACACAUUUCACAAGUUUGUUUCACCGCAGGAGGUGCUCCCUUUCACAGAAGGUGAGAUUCUGUGCAAAGUGAGCGCUCACUGCCCUGUGUUCGAUUACGUUCCUCCAGAACUCAUCACCCUGUUCAUCUCCAACAUUGGGGGAAAUGCCCCUUCCUACAUCUACCGGCUGAUGAGUGAACUCUACAAUCCUGAUGACCAUCACAUAUAAAUUAAUUAAACUCACUGAGAGCA